GCUGAAAAACUGCACAGAAGAGAAGAGAAGAGACUCCACCGCGAGAAAUAUAUAGGAGGAGAGACACACCGGGGAGAUCCGAGAGAGAGCCGGGAGACUGCGGGCAACAAGUGAGAGAGAACUCCUACCUACACCCUGCAUAAAUGUUCCACGCUCCCCCUUUCCUUCUCACCCUUACCCUCACCCUCGUACACUCCUCCAUUUCUCAUGCCAUCCCUGUGAGCGGAGAACAGAGUUACCAAGCAAUCCACCAGACUACACGCAGUGACUCUGAGCAUUCUCUCCAACCAGAGAGGCACGAAGAAACUCCACUUGCCCAAAGCCAGCAUGGCGAGGGGAAAGAUAUCCAAGAAAGAGCAACCGCGGAGGUCAAGCCUGAAUCCAUUUCCGACGACGGAGAUGAGUUGUUUAAAGAUAUAAGUCCAAAAGCUCUAGCUGCUGUCCUUCUACAAGCACUCAACACCGAGGAAGUUGAGCAGUCUCCUCAAAACGAAGAGGAGAAAACAUCAGUAGAUGACCAAAAGGUUGUCAAGCAGGAGAUAGACAAGAUAGAUGAGAGUGAAUUGACAGAAAGAGUGAGGAGCAGAACAAGAAGUUCUGAUGACGAAGAGCCACUGAGUAAUGAUGGAAAGUUAGAUGAAGAAGGGGAUAUGGAAAGUGUGAAAACCCUACUGCAGGAGCUCGAAGCUUUUGAACCCCUUCCAAAAAGAGAGCAAGAGUCUACUGAGAACGACAGCUCUGAGAAUGAUGAUCUACAAGAAAUAAGAGAGCUCUUAGGAUUUGGGGAGCAGACAGAAGAGGAUAAGAGGAGCCCCCUGAAUCCUGUGCCACACACCUCCAGACGACUGGGGGAAGAAGAAGAAGGCGAAAAACUUGCCAAUGUAGCUCAGGAUCUUCUUCUUCAGUACCUAAUAAAUGAAAGCGAAAAUGAUGAGGAAAAGGAAGAUGAUGAAGAUAAGGAAAAUGAACAAGACUACCAAGGUGAUAACUUGGUGGAGGGCCAAAUGCCUCUAUUUGAGGAUGAAGAAGAGGGAAAUACACUGGAGAAAAGGUCAAAUGAAGAUGACGAUGAAGUAGACCCUCAGACUAUUGAUAAACUGAUAGAGUUAUCUAGCCGCUUACAUCUUCCUGCUGAUGACGUAGUGGAUAUUAUCAAUGAUGUUGAAAAGAGGAAAAGGAGAAGGAUGAAAAAAAAGAAGGCAAGAGAUGAUUUCAUAGCAAGAAGAAUUGAAAGAACCAGAACUCCCCCACAAUCUUGGCCAGAGUCACCAAAAGCUACUUACUAUCCUAGAAGAAGACCGGAACAGGAACCUUCUUGGAAUAAGGUAUCAGACACAACCUGGAAGAAAUCAUCAGAUCCAGCCUGGAAUAAGAAUAAAUUGUCACCAUCCACCUUGAACAAGCUGAAAGGGCCAAUCUGGACCAAGCCAUCAAGGCCUAAUUGGAAUAAGGUGUCAGAACCCCUCUGGAAUAAGGCACCAGACUCCAACUGGAACAAGGUGCCAGACUCCAAUUGGAACAAGGUGCCAGACUCUAACUGGAACAAGGUGCCAGACUCUAACUGGAACAAGGUGCCAGACUCUAACUCCAACUGGAACAAGGUGCCAGACUCCAACUGGAACAAGGUGCCAGAUUCAAACUGGAACACACUUCCAAAUUCAAACUGGAAUAAGAUGCCUGACUCAAACUUGAAUAAGGUUCCAGAUUCAAACUGGAAUAAAGGAUCAGACUCAAACUGGAAUAAAGGGUCAGACUCAAACUGGAAUAAAGGGUCAGAUUUAAACUGGAAUAAGGUUCCAGACUCAAGCUGGAAUAAAUACUCAAAGUCAAGCUGGAAUAAGUUGCCAGAUUCAAGAUGGAAUAAGGUGCCAGAUUCAAACUGGAACAAACUGACAGACUCUGGCUGGAAUAAAGUGCCUGAUUCAAACUGGAACAAGGUAUCUGACACAAACUGGAACAUACCAGAACCAAGCUGGAAUAAAGUGUCAGACUGGAAUAAGGUAUCAGACUCAAACUGGAAUAAACUGUCAGAUCCAACCUGGAAUAAGAUGUCAGAACCAAACUGGAAAAAGCUCUCUGAUCCAAGCUGGCAUAAGGUGUCGGAGUCAAGUUGGAAUGACAUUCUAAAACCCACCUGGGAUAAGAUACCCCCGUCAAGCUGGAACAAGUACUUGGAACCUGCCCCACGUAGAUAUCGUUCACGCCCAAUCCCCUUCGCUGGCUAUAUGAGGCCCAGAGCCUACCAAACACCUCCCCGAUACUACUAUAAGCAACCUGUCCCACAAGGCAGUGAUUACUUUGGCGAAGAUCAGGAUAAGCAAGGAGACAUGGAGAGCUAUAUCGAGAGGCUCCUAAUGACCCACCCUGAGGUCUUCCAGUGAUAUAGUCCAAGUCCUAAUCCCAUUCAAAAUCGACUCAACCCAGACAGUGAAUCCAGUCCAACUCCAUUCAUAACAACUGCUGAGAAAAUUAAUGGACAAAUAUCCAUUUGCAUCCCCAAGUGAUCUCCACCCACAUGGGUGCCAUCCAACUCAAGACAACUCAACAUACACUGAUGAAUUCUUUGUCUAGUAGAUUCCACAUUUCAGUGCCUGAGCGUAUCAGUGUAAUGACUGAUUCCACAAUAUCACCUUUGCUGUCCAGUAUUACCUUAGAGUACUACAUUAUUUGAAGGUGACUUUUCAUACUGUUUUAAUGGUUCGCCAUAUUGACAUAUUAGUAAUCCAGUCAAUUAUUUUCUUAGAGGUAUGGCUGAAAACUGGAGAUCUGGUGGUGAUCAGGAAAUACUGUAGGAUUUGUAUAUCUAUUACUAUGUAAAAGUUCCCCAAAUCCAAAAUGACGUACCCCCCAACCACAAGAGUCUAGCGUUGGGGUACUUGGUACUCCUUGUAUAAUAACUUUUGCACUAAAUCAUUUCACUUUCUUGAUAUUCGGUAGAAAAUUCAAGACUGUGAAAGGUUGUUCUUUCAACCCUUAGGAAGAUGGACUAAAUUUACAGAUGAGGUAUGCAAGUAUACCUGCCAUGUACAGCCAUUUUUAUUUUAUUUUUAUUUUUUUACAUAAAUGCAAAUGUACAGACUACCAAUUCACAAGAGUAGUGACCACAAGCCUCCUGUUCCAAAGACAAAAUAUGUUUUAGGGCUCUAGGUAUACUAUGAAUAGCCCGACAGGAUGCUCAAGGCUUAGUGCCAAGUUUACAACCCCUAUUAUCUAUACUAGAUGGAUCUGGGGGACUCUUCAAAUCAUUGCUGUGCAUGAGGUAGCUUCUUUGACUUCCGCUAUGGCCAUGAAGGUCCAACCUUGAUCCUUCCAUGCACAACUAUGAGACGAAGAGGAUUCCAACCCUGGUUUUUAUUUAAAUUUUAUUUUUUUAUCAAGGAUGUCACCCCCAUGACUGUAUCAACACUGUGUGCCGAAGAUGCCAUUGAUUCCGUUUUCAGGGCUUAUUAACGUUAAAAUACAUUUUUACCUUGUGAGUUUACAGUCUGUAUUCUCAAGCAUAUAAAAUGGCUUUUAGUACAACAGGUAUGAUGUAUACACUUUAAGGGUUCAAUCCUGAUACUGUAGGAAGAGUCAAAGAGGACUCUCUGUUUUGAGCACAAUAUUUGUAAGCCCACCCCCCUCCCUGCAAAAAAAAUUAAAAAGAACAAAAAUAUGACAGAGUUUAAGCCCUUGGAGUCCACGGCCCCCCCACAGUCCCUGCCUGAGUUCUCCCCUCUUCUCUGGACUAGCUCUGGUUGCAUGUGCCCCGUCCUACCCACCCACCCCUCCAUCCGGUGUCUUGGCUGCUGUAGCCUUGUUCUGUGAUACUGUGGUAUUUUCCUUGCUAAUAAAAGAGCUUUCUCUCCGCUCCUGUUUGUACAUAUCAUAUGAAUACUUUUUUGCUAAGGAAAUAAAGCUGACUAUUUUAUUACGA